UACAAGCGCCAAAAAUAGAAUGUAAAAACUACAUUUCUGCCAUUCACUGUAUUGAAACUCCUCACAUCUGUACCUCAUUGGUAAUGGUAUACACGAUGUGGCUUUAUCAAAAGUUUACCGAAAGAUAGUGCGCGCAGUCAUAUCUUCGUUUGGUGGGUGAAGCGGACACCCGCAAAAACAAUAAAAGCUGAUAAGCUGCUGAUAACGCCAGAUUGCAGCAGGCUGUUUUACAGUUUGGGAGGGCGACAGGAGGGAAUGAAGCUAUGAAGGUCGCGGUGUUUACAGUACUUUCCUUGCUUGUUGCAUCGGCGACGGCCCAAAGAUACCUUGUGUUGUCCCCGAAGGUUCUGCAGGCUGGUACUGAGGAGGCUGUGUGUAUCUCACUGUUUGAGAUAGAGGAUGAUGUGAAGGUCUCAAUUGAACUGUCAUCGAAAGAUGAUUUUGAGCCUGCCACGGUGACUGAUGUGCUUAAACAGGGCCAAGACAAAUGUGUCAAGCUCAAGGUUCCCCUUGUCUCCAGUGACAAGGAAGCAAAGCUGUCGGUGUAUGGAAAGGGGUCGUCGUACGACUUCAAAGAUGAGAAAAGUGUCAAAAUUUCCAAGAAGGCCACCUCUACCUUCAUCUCUACAGACAAGCCCAUCUACAAACCUGGGCAGAAGGUUCAGAUGCGUAUUCUCACUGUGAAGCAGGAUCUAAGGCCCUAUGAGGAAAAUAUUGACAUGGUGUGGAUAGAGGAUAAAACUGGCAGCAGGAUUAACCAGUGGCUCGAUGUACCAACUGUGAAGGGUCUUGCAAGCCUGGAACAGCAGCUGUCCAAAGAACCAGUGCUGGGGAAAUGGUCCAUCAACGCUCAGAUAGCCGACACCACCUACAAAACAACAUUUGAGGUAGACGAGUAUGUGUUGCCAAAGUUUGAGGUGGAGAUCAGUCCACCCCCAUGGAUCCCUGUGGAUAUGGAGGUGAUCCCAGCUGUCAUCUGUGGAAAGUACACUUACGGCAAGCCUGUACUGGGAGAGGUUAAGGCUGAGUUCUGCAUCAAACAGAGCUAUUCCUAUGGCAGGAACCCAAGGCCUUGCCACACCUGGGAGGGCAAGACUGACAAGAAUGGCUGCGUCAACAUCGCUUUUGACUCCAGCUUGGUCCAGCUUGAUUCCACUCGGCACAGUAUUUGGCAUGCUACACUGCGCGUGAAAGCUGACAUCACAGAGGAUGGCACAGGUGUCAAACUGAGUGGCUCCCAUGAUACCACCAAGAUUGUCCGUGAAAAUCAGAAGUUGGACUUCAGGAAGUUCAGUCCUGAAGGGUUCAAGCCAGGCCUGCCAUAUCAUGGCAAGCUGUAUGUAACAGACAUUCUGGACAACCCCCUGGCUGAUGUGAAGGUGACCAUUGAGGCUGACAUGACAAGGAAGAACAAUAUGUAUUCCCCACAUGAAUUUGCCCAAAACUUCACGUCCAACAAGUAUGGAGAGAUCCCUUUCACACUGCCUACCUAUAUGACAAACAAGAAUGUGAAGAGGCUGAACCUUAAUGCCAAGAUUGCAGACAUCCCGCCAUCAAAGUACGUGAGAGGCACUUAUCAGAUGGAAAAUCCAACUGCCUUCCUCAGUGUGCGUUCUUGGUGGUCUCCAAGCUCCAGCUUCCUUCAGAUCCAACCCAUACAUGACAUCCUGCCAUGUGAUUCAGUAGCAGAAGUGUCCAUUCUGUACAAAACAGAGAGAGUUAGCAAUACCAAAUUUCACUACAAGAUCAUGUCACGGGGAGACAUCCUACACAUAGGAACCAAGGAUGUUGCAUUUGAGAGUACUGAGGAGCCGUCGACCUACCAGCCACCCACCACCGCUGCCCCUCCAACCACCCCAUUUACUGGUCCCACCACAACAGAGGAGCCCAUCCCUGAAGAUGAACUCAUAGAUUUCCCACCAGUAGAAAUUGUGAUGGCAGAGGAAACUUUCGGUCCACCCCCACCCCCUCCCCCUCCAGGACUCCCCUUCCCAGGGCGUGAUGUUCCUCCCCCUCCCCCUCCCCCACCACCAGGUCCCAACCCAGAGCUCCCUGUAGUAGGGCCUGAUGCAGAGGAACCAUCACCCAAUGAACCUGCUUCAGUGGAGAAGGAGGAUAUCAACGAUGGGGAGGUCCGUAGGAAACGCUACAGUCCACAUUUCUACAGGCCUGACUCUGAUGAGACCCCCGACAUGCCUCCAAUCCCAGGCUACACUGGAAACUUCACCAUCAAGUUCAAGGUUGUGCCCAGCCUGUCUCCCCUGGUGCGUUUGUUGGUGUAUUACGUGCGCGAGGAUGGGGAGGUGGUGGCAGACAGUACCUCCAUCAAGAUUACCAGCUGUCUGGAAAACAAUGUGACUAUGUCCUUCCCCAAGACGUCUCAGCUACCAGGUGCCUCGACCAAGCUGACAGUCAAGGCUUCUCCUGGAUCCCUGUGUUCUGUUGGUGUUGUUGACAAGAGUGUGCACCUUAUGAGAUCCAGCAACCAGCUUACUCAGGGCAAGGGUACCUGCAGAUCUCUGCAGGCUUUCCAACCAUUCUUUGUAUCCACCACUCUUCCCUACUCUGUGAUCAGGGGUGAGGAGGUACCACUCAAAGUCUCCAUCUUCAACUACAUGCAACAGUGCCAAGUGAAUGUAGCAAAAUUGCCAGAAAAUUAUCUCAAUAUACAUUUCAAGGUCAUUAGGAGAAAGAUAACAAAAAUGUUUUUCUUUCAACAGCCAGAGGGUAUUGAGCAGGAGUACACCUACAGCUCAUUCUUCUGCCCCAAAGACUUCCCUAAUGAACAGCUAGAAGACACCAUCAAGACUGUCCUGCCUGAGAAUCUGGUGGAGGGCUCCAACAGAGCCUAUCUGUCUGUCAUUGGUGACCUGAUGGGCCCCACCCUGUCUGGUCUGGACAACCUUGUGCGUCAGCCGACCGGGUGUGGCGAGCAGAACAUGGUUCUGUUUGCUCCCAACAUCUUCGUCAUGCAGUACCUGAACACAACCAAACAGCUCUCCUCUGAAGUCAAGGACAAGUCUUUGGAAUACAUGAAGAUUGGUUACCAAAGAGAGUUGACCUACAAGCACAAGGAUGGCUCAUACAGUGCCUUUGGAGAAAGUGAUGAUUCUGGCAGCACCUGGUUGUCUGCCUUUGUCUACCGUUGCUUCGCCCAAGCUCGUCCAUACAUCUUCAUCGAUCAGAAAGAACUGGACCACACCAAGAAGUGGUUUGCAGCCAAUCAGAAGCCAGAUGGUUGCUACCAGUCUGUUGGGAAAGUCCUGCACAAGGCCAUGAAGGGAGGUGUGAAUGAUGACACCACGUUGACUGCCUACAUCGUCAUCGCCAUGCUGGAAAGUGGGGAAUCUGUUGAGUCAGAGCUUGUUGGAAAUGCCCUGGAGUGCCUUCUGGCUAGUGCGAGCAAUGUGACCAGCACAUAUGGUAUUGCCCUGAUGUCUUAUGCGCUCACUCUGGCCCAGCAUCCACAAAGAGAGGAGUACAUGGAAAAGUUGGAGAACCUGGCCAUUGAGAAAGAUGGUACAGUCCACUGGGAGCGUGAGGUUCAGCCUGGGAAGCCAACCGAAGUGCCUGAUACUUGGUUCCGACCAUACUACAAAUCUCCCUCUGCCGAAGUGGAAAUGACCUCCUAUGCUCUCCUUGCCUACAUGGCAACUGGAGAGAGGGAUGCCCUGCUGAAAGGCCUGCCCAUCGUACGUUGGCUCACUCAGCAAAGGAAUGCCUAUGGAGGCUUCUCGUCCACCCAGGACACAGUCAUGGCUCUCCAGGCCCUGGCCAGCUAUGCUGAGAUGGCUUAUGGAGAGGGGGUUGAUAUUGAAGUCCAGGUACAGACUCCCGAGGGACUGGAUAAGACAUUCAAGAUAACAGACACAAACAGCUUGGUUCUGCAGACUGUGGAGAUCCCAGUCACUCCAACUGACAUCAGCGUUCGUGCCACUGGGCAGGGCUGUGCACUUCUCCAGGCUAACGUGAGGUACAAUAUUGAGGAGGAGGAGCCAGCACCAUCCUUCGAGGUGGACGUCAAUGUACUGGAUGUGAGUGAACUUCUGCGUGAUGAGGGAAGUGACUCAUCUCCCUGUGCUGUCAAAAUGAUGAGUAUAUGUACCAGGUUUGUGGACGAUGAACCAUCCAACAUGGCUGUUGUGGCUGUGAAAAUGGUUUCAGGAUUCAUCCCAGACAAGACCAGCCUAAAGACUCUGAAGAAGGAGAAAACCAUCAAGAAGUACGAGAUUGACGGCAAAAUGGUGAAUCUGUACUUUGAUGAGCUGACCAAUGAAAUGACCUGUUUUGAGUUCAUGGUAGAGCAGAACAUCAAAGUGAAGAACACCAAGCCUGGUGUGGUGACUGUGUAUGACUACUAUGAGGAAGACCUGAAAAUUUCCAAGAAGUACAACAUCAACUGCAGCCCCCCUCCUCCUCCUCCCCCUCCUGAAGAGGUGCCUGAGCUGCAGCCUUUUGUCCCGGUAGAAACAUUGUUCCCUGAUAGCGUACCAGCCGAGCGCCAAGGCUGUCCCACUUGUCUUCUCAAGAAGGAGGAUUUCAGCAAGGUCUUCUGCGGCUCAACAUACGCCUACAGAAUGAAGACCAACAGAGGGAGAGAUGGACAUGAGGCACGCAUUGCAGAGGACCUGAAGGAUGUGAACAGCACUGCACCCCACCACACCGUCUACAUCGACAUGGGCGCGGACUGCCAGUGUUCGGAACUUGAAGUCGAUUCCCAGGUGUUGGUGAUGGGUGACAGAGCACCGGUGGCUGCAGAAACCAGAAAACACCACACACUCAUUCUGGAUGAGUACAUGACCAUCAUGCCUUGGGACCAUUCCCAUAAGGCUGUGCAGCAUGCCCUGACCAAGUGCAAGCCAGGGUCAGAAGUCAACCCUUGAAAGGAACAAACAGGCCAUACCUGAACCCCUGCCAUUUUCUCUGUUCAAGUGCUAUAUGCUAAAGAGAGACUUGUAUUGUCACAUAUGAUUCAACAGUAGUUCUAAAGUUGAUUUUAUGUUUACAUUUACACAAUUGAUGAAAAUGCUCGGUAAUGAUACAGCCAGGCAGGGAAGAAUUUCUUCAGAGAAAUCUGAUGACUGCUGCAGUAAGUUGGAAGUGAUUUUUAUGAUGAACAGCACAUCUAUAACAGCAUAAUUUUAGGUAUUGGUGCAUUUUUGGACUGAAAAGCCUAGAUCUGAAUGUGGCCUGAAUCUCUGCAUAUAUCAGGACACGCACGUGCAGCAUGAUAGUGCAAAAUAUUGUCAAUCAGGCCAAGGGAUUCCAAGAGUAGGAAAAAAAUGUUGUUCAUAUUGAAAAUGGAAAAUAUAUGCCUUUUAACAUAAUCUAGUAUUAGUAGUAGGAAAUAAGGGUUUUUAUGCAAAGGUAAUGUAGAUGUUUCUAUCACUCUUAAUUGUUUUGUAAUCAACGAAACAUUUUGAUGCAAAUAAGGAAAACACGACAGAGAUAGCGUGGAGUUUACCCCCUUAAAUUGCCCAUUUUAUUGUAUGCAAGAGGCAACAGUGUUGUCCUUUACAUGACAGUGUGGAAGACUUUAGUCAUGAUACGUUUUGGGCUUUACAUUAUCGUUAAUUGUUUAUGAUGAAGCUGAGCACUUGAGCAAUGGAGAGAUUUUGAUGCAAUAAUUCUGUGACAUUGGAUGUAAUUUUAUAUUUGAUACAGCUUGGAAUAAAGCAUUAUCCUGUUA